AUGGCCGAUUUUCGUGCUACUUUAUUUUGUUUUUUUUCAGAUUUCAGAUCGCUUACCAGGUACGAUGAAUCCGUGGUCACCACUGAUUGGCAGAAGAAACUUACACCGGAGCAGUACUAUGUGACACGGGAGAAGGGCACAGAACUGCCCUUCAGUGGUGUCUACUUGAACCAUACGGAAGUGGGGAUGUACCACUGUGUUUGCUGCGACGCACCUCUCUUCAGAUCAGACGCAAAAUACAAUUCUGGCACUGGCUGGCCCUCGUUUUAUGAAGCGGAUGGAUCCUGCAACGGAGAUGAAAGCAACGCAAACAUCGUGCGGAGACCCGACAACUCUUUGGGCUCCACCGGAACAGAAGUGAUCUGCCGGCAG